CAGAAAUCCAGUUAUGUUCGUCAUUAAUAUUUCGAGUGUUUAGUUUCAUAAAGGUUAUGAGAGUGUCAGUGUAUUUGUUCGGUUGUAUUUGACGGCGUCUUAACAACAGCAAAACACUAUGGAUUUGUUAUGGGCGAUGUUCUGCUUUAGCUGUUUGACCGUUUCUUCUCCAGGACCUGGGGUUAAAGCAACCCAGUGCAAGGAUAACCAACACUGUUCAGACUGUGACAGCAUAUCAGGACACUGCAUCAUAGAGUGUGACCCUGGAUACUACGAUCAGAAAUGCUCGUCUGUGUGCAACGAGAACUGUAAAAAUAAUACGUGCGUCAUUUCAAUCAGUGGCAGUGGUAAUUGCACCAACGGAUGUGUCCCAGGAUAUCAAGGCACCAGCUGCAACAUACCAUGUGACAGUCCAGGAGGUAACUGUACAGCAUGUCCAGGUGGUUGUGAUGGAGGAUAUUGUCAGCUGGGCUCCUCCUGUGUGUCUGGAUGUGAGGACUCCUACUACGGGACUGGCUGUAAGAACUGUUCAAGUGGAUGUCCCCAUGACGAGGGAAGAUACUCCACAUAUUUAAACCUUGCAGUGGUGACGUUAUCACUGGUCUGUGUAUUCUGCGCGUGCACAACAGUUGUCGCGCAGGUCCUGAAAAUGUGGCAUACAAAACGAGAGGCUCAACAGGAGGAGGUUGAGCUUGAAUAUCAUCGUGUAGCAGACCGAUGGAGCUCUUCACCUGAUACAUUUCGACAAACGGAUGAAACAUACAGUGAAGUCCAUGACAACGACAUGGGUAGGGUAGUGGUGUUCCUCUAGCAACAACUGGCGUCUAUAACACGGGCACCGUAGUGGUCUUCCUCUAGCAACAACUGGCGUCUAUAACACGGGCACCGUAGUGGUGUUCCUCUAGCAACAACUGGCGUCUAUAGCACGGGCACCGUAGUGGUGUUCCUCUAGCAACAACUGGCGUCUAUAACACGGGCACCGUAGUGGUGUUCCUCUAGCAACAACUGGCGUCUAUAACACGGGCACCGUAGUGGUGUUCCUCUAGCAACAACUGGCGUCUAUAACACGGGCACCGUAGUGGUGUUCCUCUAGCAACAACUGGCGUUUAUAACACGGGCACCGUAGUGGUGUUCCUCUAGCAACAACUGGCGUCUAUAACACGGGCACCGUAGUGGUCUUCCUCUAGCAACAACUGGCGUCUAUAACACGGGCACCGUAGUGGUGUUCCUCUAGCAACAACUGGCGUCUAUAACACGGGCACCGUAGUGGUCUUCCUCUAGCAACAACUGGCGUCUAUAACACGGGCACCGUAGUGGUGUUCCUCUAGCAACAACUGGCGUCUAUAACACGGGCACCGUAGUGGUGUUCCUCUAGCAACAACUGGCGUCUAUAACACGGGCACCGUAGUGGUCUUCCUCUAGCAACAACUGGCGUCAAUAACACGGGCACCGUAGUGGUGUUCCUCUAGCAACAACUGGCGUCUAUAACACGGGCACCGUAGUGGUGUUCCUCUAGCAACAACUGGCGUCUAUAACAUUCCAUGUAAAUAAAAGCUACAAACCCUUUCCGUAUUCAUAAAAAAUCUCUGCAAAAUGCAGAGUCGCUUGUACGAUUCCGACUACAUCAUGAGAAUGUGUUUAUGAAUCGCUAUCAAAUAGUGAUGAUACCAUGUGUUCGCGAAACAGUGAGCGUAUCAAGUGUCACCCGUCACAAACACAUG